GUUUAAUUUUCUCGGCGAAUCGCGAAUCGAGAAAAAAAUCCGGUCACGUUUGAUGAGCUUCCUGCGCUCCAUUAGCAGAAUGUCGAAAUACUCCGGUAUCAACCUUGCAUCGCUGGCCCCGGCGGAGGUGAAGUUGUGGAUCGAUUCGUUUGACACCGUGUUAACCGACUGUGAUGGUGUGAUCUGGGUGGAAAAUAACCCGCUACCCGGAGCCACCGACGUGAUCAACCGGUUCCUUUCCGUUGGCAAAAAGCUGUUCUUCGUCACAAACAACUCCACCAAAACUCGGCCCGAGUUUGUGGAGAAAGCCACCAAAUUGGGGUUCAACGUUACGAUUGAAAAUAUCAUUUCCACAGCCUACUUGGCCGCGCAAUACCUAAAAAAUUUGAAGUUUUCUAAAACCGUGUACGUAAUCGGUUCGUCCGGUAUCACGAAGGAGCUCGAUGCCGUCGGUAUACGGCAUAUUGGCACCGGACCGGACAUACUGACCGGUACGCUGGCCGAAGCAGUCUCUGGGUUCGUGCCCGAUCCGGAUGUCGGCGCAGUGAUCGUAGGAUUCGAUGAGCAUUUCAGUUUUAUGAAGAUGUUGAAAGCGGCCUCCUACCUCAACAAUCCUGACAUCAUCUUCAUCGCUACGAACACGGACGAACGGUUUCCAAUGCCGGAUCGCGUCAUUCCCGGUACGGGGAGCAUUGUGCAGGCCGUGGUCACGUGCGCCGAGCGUCAACCGAUCGUGAUGGGUAAACCGAAUGCGCACAUUUGCGAAAUCAUCCGCAAGGAGUACGAUGUAGAUCCCGGCCGUACUGUCAUGAUUGGAGAUCGCUGCAAUACCGACAUACUGUUGGGGAAGAAUUGCGACUUCCAGACACUGCUGGUCGAAACGGGUAUCCAUAAUGCGGCCGAUCUGGAAAAGUUUGCCGCCUCCACCGAUCCGGCAACUCGGGCACUCGUUCCAGACGUGUACCUGGCCAAGCUGGGUGAUUUGCUGGCGUAUAUGUAAAACAUUUGCCAAGCAGUCUCCACCGUUGGCCGAGGGGAUUUGUUAUUCGCAAAGCGAACAUGGUAAAUUGUAAAACAAUUAUCAGCCUGAUGAUCCAUUCUGCCUAUUUACUCAGAAAAUAGAACAAAAUUUUUAAUAAAUACACGACCACC